AUGAAUCCUUGUCCUAAGCUGCGUUUCAACAGCUCAAUAUCAACAAUAAAGAAGGACCAAAAUGAUGCAAAAGUUAUUGAUCAGAAGCAACGUAAAAUAACAGUAAAAGCAGUCCAAACUCCUGAAAAAGUAUUACAGGAAUAUCAGAAUAGUAAUUCUUUAAUAACUCCAGAAGCUAUACAAAAAGUAAAUCUGAACAAGUGUCCUGUGCAAAGUAAUGUUAGGAAAUUGAGAGCAAGUAACAAUCAACCAAGUGAUGCAAAAGCAAUUGUUUAUAAACAACAUAACAUAACAGCAGGAAAGGAAGUCCAAUCUUCUGGAAAAUUGUUACAGGAAUUCAAGAAUCCCAACACUCCACAGGCUUCAGAAAGAUUACAAAGGGAAGAUCUGAACUCUUGUCCUGUGCAAAGUUUGGCCAAGUCAUUGUCAACAAGUAAGGACAAACCAAGUUCUGCUAAAGAUAUUGUUCGUAAACAGCAUAACAUAGAAGCAGAAAAGGAAGUCAAACCCUCUGAAAAAUUGUUACAGGAAAUCAAGAAAUCGAACUCUCUAUCUACUCGAGAGGCAAAGUCUAGGGUAAGUCUGGACGUGUUUCCUGUACAAAGUGUAGACAAGUCUAUUUCACCAAGUGAUGCAAAAGCUAUUGUCCUGAAACAACAUGACAUACCAGUAAUAGUCCAGUCCCCUGGAAAUGCCACUGUGAACAAUUUGAACAGCAAUUCUUUACAAAGGCUAGAACUAUUACAAAGAAUAAAUCUAGACUUUAGUCCUGUGCCAAAAUUCGGCAAGUCGGCGUCAGCAAGUAGGACGAAUUUAAGUGAUUUAAAAUCAAAGGUUCAUAAAAAACAUGUUAUAAAUGCAGAAAAAGAAGUCUCAUCUCCCAAAAUAGUCUUAGAGAAAAAUGGGAACCGUAAUUCUUUACCUACUCCAGAACUAUUGCAAAGGGUAAAGCUGAACCCUUGUUCUGUCCAAAGAUUCACAAAGUCAACGCCAGCAAGUAGAAAGGAAGAAAGAGAUGUAAGAUCUAUGGUUCAUAAACAACAUGUCAUUAUCGACAAAGAAGUCCAAUCUCCCAGAAAAGCUGAAGAUAACAAUCUAUACAGUUACUCUUUACCUACUCCAGAACUAUUGCCAAAGGUAAAUCCAAACCCUAUUCCUAUGCAAAGAUUCAAGAAGUCAUCUUCAGCAAGUAUACAAAGACUAAUUGAUGAAAAAGCCAUGGUUCAUAAACAACCUGUCAUUAUAGACAAAGAAGUCCAAGCCCCCAGAAAAGCCAAACAGAACAAUCUAAACAGUUAUCCUUUAUCUACUCCAGAACUAUUACCAAGGGUAAAUCCAAACCCUAGUCCUAUGCAAAGAUUCAAGAAGUCAUCUUCAGCGAGUAUGCAAAAACUAAGUGAUGAAAAGGCUAUGGUUCAUAAACAUGUCAUAACCACAGAAAAUGAAGUACAAUCUCCCAGAAAAAUCUUGAAGAAAAAUGAGAACUGUAAUUCUUUACCUACUCCAGAACUAUUACAAAGGGUAAAUCUAAAAUCUAUUCCUAUGCAAAAAUUCAGGAAGUCAUCUUCAGUGAGUAUACAAAAACUAAGUGAUGAAAAAGCUAUGGUUCAUAAACAUGUCAUAACUACAGAAAAAGAAGUCCAAUCUCCCAGAAAAAUCUUAAAGAAAAAUGAGAACUGUAAUUCUUUACCCACUCCAGAACUAUUACAAAUGGUAAAACAAAACCCUUGUCCUGUGCAAGAUUUUAACAAAUCAUUGCCAGCAAGUACAAAGAACCUAAGUGAUGUAGAAUUGACUAAAGAACCUCGCAUUACAGAAGUAAAAGAAAUCCAAAGUAUUGACUCACAAAUAUUAAGGAAUCGUGAAUCGUUUCCAGCUGCUGAAGAUGCUGAUGAGUCUGAUGAAGAUUGCCUUUCGAUAUUUGUGGAUGAUAAAUUAUUGAGUCCGCCAGUAGAAACAGAGUAUUCUAGCCACUCACUUGAUGGGGAAAUAAUUCCUCAGAGAAUAAAUACUGAAUUUAAAAAAGAUAAAGCAUUUGAUGGUGUUGGUGGAUCAAAAUUGACAGAUGAUUCAAAAAGAGAAAGAACGACAUCAACAGAAAGUGCUAAAACGGCAACAAGCUACAUCCACUGGACACCAAAUCUAGUUUAUGAUGCUGGGAAUUGGGUGAAAGCAAAUACUAGUAUGACUUCAAUAAUGAGUGGUGCUGAAGCUUCCUUUAAAAGUGAAUCCCCCGAAAUCCAAAACUCGAGUUCUACAGUUUAUUUGCCAAACUUCUACGCAGAACACAAAGAUGCGAUUGAAAAUGAUCAAGAAGCUACCAGUUUAGAAACAGUUACACAGAAAGAUGAUAAGGUAGAUGACAGAAAAGUUUCAAAUAAUUACAUAUCUCAAAUUACAUUGGACAAGAUAGUUCCAAAGGGAGAUAAAGUAAAAGUAGAAGAAACUGUCUUACGAACAGUGGUAAACAAAAGUAACAAUGAAUGGGCUACUUACAAAGAAAGAAAUCAAACAGAAGAAAGAAAUAUACAGGCUCAAAUUCACGUACCAGCUAACCAAACUGAAAAGGCAACGAAGAUAUUACAACCUUUGUUUACCACAGUGUUAAAGAGCAUUGUAGACAUUGUUAAAAUCGCCAACGAACUAGAGUGCUUCAGUCUCCGUGUGAUAUUAAAAGCUGUGUUGGUGUUGUUACAUAAAUUUUCAUCGGAACAUACUGAAGAGAAUCCAACAGCGGCUUGGAUGCACAAAGCUGUGUACAAUGUCACUUUACCAAAUAAAAGAAGUCCAUUUGUACACCCAAAAAUUCAAUCUCUUCUUCUUCUCUUGCACAUGAUCAUUGAUAAAUUUACCAAUGAAAAAAACGCUGAAGAGAAGAGGAAAUUUGUGGAAGAGGGACUUUAUUUCAUGGAAUUGGCAUUUCUUGAUACAAUCCUGGAAUUCAGACAAUCGAAAGCAAUAUUCUGGCUAACCAUUGGUAUGAUCUACACUAUACUGGCUCGACACUACGGUUUCUUAGCGAGGGUGCGAAAGUUGAUGUACGACAUGUUCUACUGCUUCACCCGACGCUCUCUAGUUGUAGCUCAUGCAAUGUUGCUAUUAUGGCCUUCUGUGUUACCCCCAAAACCCAUUGAGUUCUAUUCUGAUGAUCCAUUGAGGCUUUGUAUAAUCCGGCAGUUAACUUGUCCGCCAAAAUUUAACCAGGUGGGACCAAAUGUUCAUAUUCGAAAUUUGCAACGUUUCAUGAUGACUAAGUACAGAUACAAGGAAGACACUGUAGACCCAGAAAAGCUGUUCAAUUUGUGCAUGGAACAUCUUGAACAACAAGGUGUGUACAAAGCUGCUGUGUUGAUGAUCAAGCGCCAGCCCCCGGAAUGGUUCUUGGGCCGGCCUUAUAAGGAGCUGUUGGACAAGGUCAGGAGCUGGUGGAAGGGAGGAGAAGAGUGCAGUGACGUCGAAGCAGUUAAUGCUGUCAAUAUACUCUGUACGGCGUUAAGACCACAAGACAUUUUAUGUCCUAAGGUUCAAACUGAAUUGAGAAGAACCCUCAGUCUCCUGGAAGAUAUCUUGCUUGAUGAAUGGACGCCAAUUUGGAUGCAAGAGGUGAUUGUAAAGAACAUCUGUCUCCUAACUAGACUCAACCAUGUGGAGUGUUUGAAAACUAUCGUAAAGUGGAAACCGUCAGAGGUCUCUGAAGACGUGGUGGAUCAUAUUCAUCAUGAUGUGAUCAACAAACAGACCAAAGAAUGGUGGACUUCAGCAGUUGGUUCUUCGUUUCUCAGGCCUUCGUAAAACCUCUAGUCGUUCAUAGGAUCCUCAAACGUGAUAGAACUGUACAGUUAGUGCAAUAAUUGUUUUUAUGUUAAUGUUUUUUUAUUUCCAGAAAAUAUGUAAAGUUUGUUUUUAUUACUGAUGUAUAAUUUUAAGUAUUAUUUUAUUGAAAUUUUUAGGAAACACACCGUAAGAGUUUUAUGUGUUUUUUAAUGUGGAUGAAAACUACAUAUUUUUCAAAUAUCUAAAAUCUUAGAAGGUAGUUGAAGUCAAGCCUUUUUUGUUAUUGGAGAAAUUAAAAUGAUACUAUUUAAA